AUGCCGAAAGCCAAAUCCGACUCCAAAGCCGUUGAUAGCAGGUUGAAACGCAAAGGCGCUGGAACUGGAAGGAAGCAGUCGAAGAAAGCUGCUAAGGAUCCGAACAAGCCUAAGAGGCCUCCCAGUGCCUUCUUCGUUUUCAUGGGUGAUUUUAGAGAACAGUAUAAGAAGGAUCAUCCAAACAACAAAUCUGUUGCUGCUGUUGGGAAAGCCUGUGGUGAAGAAUGGAAAUCUUUGACUGAAGAGGAGAAGGCUCCCUAUGUUGCUAGGGCUUUGAAGAAGAAAGAAGAGUAUGAGAUAACUCUUCAGGCAUAUAAUAAGAAACUGGAGGGGAAAGAUGAUGAAGAAGGUUCUGACAAGUCAAAAUCUGAAGUCAAUGAUGAGGAAGAAGAUGAGGAGGAUGAGGAGGAUGAUGACGACGAGUAG